UCGGCCCGGCGGUGGCGCCACCGGUUCAUUCCCCAGUGGGAGCUCGCGGCGCGCGGACGUUCGACGCCUCGCUCUCGGGGAAAGUCGCUGAGAGGCCGCGAUUUCGCGGAAUUUCGGAGCCCAGUCGAGUCGAGGCCGGCCGCGGGAGUAGUGGCGCGAGUGCUCCAGUGUCUUGUGCAAGGAUCGGCCGAGAUCUCGCGAGGGAAGCGAGCCGACGCCGAGGAGGAGGCGAGAGAUUCGCUGCGAUUUGUCGCCGCGACGCCCGUGGACGAGAAAGGGCUCCUCCGCUUCUGGCACCCCCGGGGACUCUCACCGGCCGAGGCCCCACGCAAUGCCCUCGGACGCCGCUCCAGGUGUGACGCGCCGCCGUGGCGAGGACACCGACUAUGAGCUGAGGCCUCGUCAUUAAUCGGGACUGGCAUGGAGAAGGAGAACUCCGCGUCGGGCGGCGGCGGCGGCGGCGGAGGCGGCGGAGGCGGCGGCGGAGGUGAAGUUACGGCCACGGGGACGGGGGCAGGGGGCGCCACCCCCGCCUCCGAGAAACUCCAGGCGGACCAGGCUAACCCGCUCCUCGACCCCACCGCCCUUUUCGGUGCUUACUGGCCGCGAGGAGACAGCGCAGCGUCUUCCCUCUUCGGCGGAAUGCCUGGCGGUUACGGUUUGGGCGCGCACCACUUGCCCUCGGCCUACGCCAUUUUGGGCCGUGGGGGCACCGCUCCCGGCUUCGGGGGCCACACUCCGGCCUCGGCGCCUCCACCUCCGCCGUACACCCACAGCAGUCUGGGCACCCUCAGCGUAGCGGCCAGCCAAGCUGCGAGCCUAGGUAUCAAUCCUGCGAGCGCAGCUUGGUGGACGAUGGCCUCGCACCUCGCUGCGCAAGACUACCUGGCCAGGUUGCAGGGGGCGGCCGGACUGCCAGGAUUUCCGCCCGGUGCCGAGAGCCUGCUGCCACCUUAUCCAGCCUCUCUACUUAAUCCCCCGUCCCUGUCGUCGUCCCACAAGUCGAAUAAGUCUAAGUCAAGCAAGAGUCACAAGACACCGGCGAGUAGCAGCUCGACGACGUCCAGUCUGACCAGCAGUUUGGCAGUCAGUCAGGCCCCUCUAUCCUCGCAUCAUAGUACCUCUUCGGCUAAUGCCACGCCAAACUCUCAGACGAACGUCGUCAGCGAUCCUAGCAGUAUAUUGGGUGGCGUUCGAUUACCCCCUGACACGGAGAUUAUAAAGUACACCUCGAGCAUCGUCGGCCCGAAAGUGCCCGGGACCACGAAUCGGGGAAGGAAGAAGACCAUAUCGUUGGACACGCCGAGUGUCAGCGUCCAUCCACCGCCCGUUCCCGCCCUGUCGGCUCAUCAGACCAACACGACGACUAGUUUGAUGAUGGAGCCGCGAAAGUACAAUCGAACCGCGAACGACGCGAGCGACUACAGGGACUCGGUGGAUCGAGUGGAGGUGAUCAAGUUACCCGCGCACUCGACGAACGGAUCCGUAUUGCCGGCACCCACCGCGUACACGACCAGCAAUGCCAGCAAUUCCAACGACGUGGAUGCACCUUUAAAUCUCUCCUUGAAGCCGGCAUCCACUAGCAGUAGCUCGCCGAUCACGGGGAGCCAGCCUUUGAGUCAACUCAGUAAUCUGAGUCAGUCGUUGCUGGCCUCGGACAGGACAUCUCGGCGAAAACCUGGCCCGAAACCGAGAAGAGUGCCGCAGAACUCCGUGCCGGUUCCGGCCUCGCCGAGUCCGUCUCUGGCGCAGUUAUUCGCCGCUGCGGACUCCCCGCAGCGGCCGAGUAGCGGCAGCGAGGAGAGCGAGAGCACGGCCACCCAUCAUAAGGAUGGUCGGCCGAGAAACCUUGGUAGAGGGGUGUCGAAGCCGAAGAAGAACACCGUGGCGUCUCUGUUGGCGCAAAGUAGAGCGCUGGGCAUCAAGCCUACCCCGACAUUGGACCCCAGUGUGCCGUUGUCGCACCAAGUCUCGUUGCUCAGGUCGAAUAUAUUGGCGGCUCAACUGCACGCCUCAACGACGGGCCAGGGGGAAGAGAAGAAUCAACGCUCUUUGCAGGAGAAAAUGAAGAACAAACUGCUGGAGGUGUCCGGGGAGGAGAGCAACAUGGACGUCACCAGCGAGAGCGGUAGCAAUACGGACGUCGUCACCGAUACCGACGAGGAUAACGCCGAGGGCACUCCUAGUGCUAAGAGGAGAAAGUUAAACCCUAGCGACAAGGACCUUCAAGUACCUCUGGAGCGAGGCUGGAAGAGAGAAACCGUCAUUAAGGGCCUCGGCAAGACGGGGAUCAUUAAGGGCGACGUCAGCUACUAUAGUCCCUGCGGAAAGACCUUUAGGACCAGCGGCGAUUUGCUGAAGUUUCUCGAGCUGCAGAACCCAGCCGAGUUGACGACGGCGAACUUUUCGUUCUCGUCGAGGCCCCUGGUCGGUGAGUUUCUGCAGCCGACGAUGGGCCUAGCGGAAGCCGAAUUCGUCAGGCUGGGUGCCCAGGAAGUCGCCAGGAGACUCGAGGAGCUCAGAGCAGCCGGUGGGUUUCGCGAUGUCAGGACAAACAACCAAUACGAGCGAGAUAAAUUAGCUUAUGCUAAGAAGCUCGCGAAGGAAGAGGCUCAACGGCACAAGGAACAGGCAAGGCUCAUCAAGGAGCAGGAGAAGACCGAGCGACAGGAGGCUGUGAAGCGCGAGAGGGAGAUCAGGAACCAGCAGCUUCUCGAGGGUCGGAAGCGGCUCGCGUUCACGAUCAAACAGAAAAUGAAGAUCAUCCAAGAGAUCGAGCGCGGCAAGAGCAAGAGCGACGUCGCCAGGGAGCUCGGCCUGGCCAGCAGCACGGUCGCCACCAUCUGGAAAAACCGCGAGAGCAUUGCCGAGAGCUGGAGAAACCGCGACAUGAUGCAGUCCGAGGCAGAGACCUCGGAGGGGACGACGGCGCCGGCGACGACGACGACCAGCGCCGCCAAGAAGUCGUCGCCGAUCGCCGCGCCCUCUGCCCCGACCCAACAACCGACGGACAACACCCACCAGGCCCAGACUCAAACGCAAAAUCAGGAACUCCUGGAGGCGCGGAAAAAACGGCAGGAAGAGGUGGAGAAGAUCCGAAUGGAAGAGCAGCAACGGAAGCAACAGGAGCGGGAACUAAAGAGGCAACAAGCAGUAAUGUUGAAGGAACAGAUGUACAUGCAGGAGCUCAGCAAGCAGCGCGAGAUGCUCUACACCGUCGAGCUGGAGAGAGAAAGGAGGAGGCAGCACAUGGCGUUAGUUCGGGCUCUGGAGAACCGACGAAGAAUGGAGGAGAGGGAGAAAAGGAGGCUCGAAGCGAGGGCUGAGAGGAUAGCCACGAAAGAGAAGCGCGCCGAGCAGAGGAAAGUAGAAAUGGAGCUGAUCGAGCAGAUCAGGAAGCCCAUCGAAGACAUGGAGCUCACGGACCACAGACCACUGCCAGAACUGAAGAGGGUACCAGGUCUGAAGCUGUCGGGCCAGGCGUUCUCGGACAUCGUUAUGGUAUUCGAGUUUCUGCACAACUUCGGGGAGACCCUGGGCUUUGACAUGGACUCGUUGCCGAGCCUGAAGAGUCUGCAACUGGCGUUGCUGAACGACGAGGAGGCCGAAGAAGAGAUGCUCUCGGUGAUGACGCACCUCCUGGUGUGUGCCAUAGAAGAUCCAGGGAUCCCCCAGCCAGCCCGUCACACGACAGGCCUUGGCCAGAGCCUGAGACAAGCUGACAUCACGCAUGCCAAUAUCAGCGAGGUCCUCAGGAUCUAUUUGUACGCGAACGCGACCGGCGAGGUUAAGGCGUUGACCGGAGUCUGUCUAGAACGCGAACGCGACAAGAAGUUCGCCGACCAUCACCAAAACGGAGCCGACUUCGCCUCUACCUGCUCCGGGAAGAAUGCGCAGUUUUACGAGCACCUCCACAACAACGAGACCUGGAGGAUGUCCGAGAGACUGAGAGACAAGCCCUUCCUCGCCCUGAACCCGACGCACAAGGCGCAGAUGCUGGGGUUCCUCUGCAACGAGUUGCUGCAGAACAAGGCUGUGAUAAGGCAGAUCGAGGGGAGCCUCGAGACGGUGGCGCAGCUGAAGAAGGAGAGAUUCGUGUUAGACACUAAGAUCAGGAAACUGAGACAACUGCACAGUCGAAAAGUCAGGAUGGAGGCAGUUGGGGUGAUCGUGAACAAGUCUGGUGACACGAUAACCAUCGAGAAGAAGGAGGUCGACGAAGAGUGCAACACGACGUCCACGGCGGUCGGAACGACUCCCACGCCGGAGGAGAUCCACCACGAAGACGAGGUCGAAGACAUGUCCGAGAACGAGAGCGAAGGCACGCAGCCUGAAGAGGAGGAGGAUAAGAACCUGUCGGGCGAGGAGCUGGGGAAGAAGCUGGACAAGUUGUUGAAGCAGUCGGAGGAACAGCUGCAGAAGUUGAACAGCUCCUCGAAGCAGCUGCGAGCUCACGUCCUAGGUCAGGAUAGAUACUGGAGGCGGUAUUGGGAGCUUCCCUGUGCAGGUGGAAUUUUCGUGGAGGCCAUGGAAAGUGCCGAACCCGAGAUCUUGGACCUCCAGGCGGAGUUGGACGAGAAGUACAAGGACAUGCCCCCGGAAGAGAUGCCGGAAGUGAAGGAGGAGGUCAAGCCUAACAAGGUCGACGCCAUGGAGAGCGUGGAAAACGAGAAACCAGGCGACGUUAAGGAGAACUCGGAGGAGAAGGUCAACGCGGAGGAGCCGAAGGAGGAGGCGAAGUACGACUGCGGGGUGACGAAAUUCGAGGAGGACGUCAACUGCAAGAAGGAGAACCCGCGGAAUUUCGUGGCGGAGAAUUCAGAAUUCCCGAAGGAUGAGAAAAUUAGAAACGACGUCGACGGCAUGAUGACCGACGCGAAGACCAACGUGACGUCGGAGGAGAUCAAGCAGGAGACGGAGGUCAUGAAGAUGGAGGUGGACGUUAAAAUCGAGGAGAUCAAGAAGGAGACCGACGACACCGAGGACGAGUCCUGCAACAAGCCUGUCGCCAAACUGAUGGAGGACAAGAUCGUCGAGACCAUGCCGAACGGCGACAAGUUCAACCACGUGAACAACCUGCACAACGGCAAGGAGCUGAACGGCACCUUCAUUUCCGGCGGCGGUAGCGAGUCGAGUUGGUUCUCGAUAAUCCCUCGAGAGUCAUGCGACACUCCUGGACCCUGUACCAAACAAAUCUUCGGUAUCGUCGAGCCAACGGAGCUGAGGAUACCGGUCUUUCCUCCCCCAGCUAGUCCCAGCUACGACAGGUGCGACAGCCCUGCACCUUUAAUCCUGACUCAGGAUGAGGCAGUACAAUUAGAGUACUUAAAAGUACACGGACUACCACCACCGGGUGAAGCCAAACCAGUGCCAAAGGAUCUGAGGUACGGCUGGUGGAGGAUAGCGGACGUGGACACCUUCCAGGAGCUGCUGGAGCAUCUUCACUCCCGCGGGGUUCGCGAGAAAGAAUUGAAGCGCACAACCUGGGCCACCAUGGAGUCCUUCCUGGCCGUGACCGGGAGGAUCCACGUGGACCCUGGGAACGCAGCUGCGACCGAGCUGCUGUGCGAGAGCGAGGACGUGGACCUUCCCAUCCCGCAGCCGGAUCAUCCUGAUUCUUGGAGCGAGCAGGUCGCCCUGAGGGUGGACGCGCAGCUCCUGGAGCAGGUCGAGGCCCUAGAGGACAAGGUGGCCAACGCGAGCAUGCAAGUCAAGGGCUGGAAGCUGCCUCCACGGGCUGGUACCGAGGAGGCCGAGGAGAUAGAAAAGCUGAACGAGAUGGAGAAGGUCAGCGCGGUGGAGCAGGCGAGGCAGAGGCUACUUUCCUUGGAAGCUGCCAUCGAGAGGAGAUACCUGAAGCCACCAUUAGGCGUUUGCACGGGGGAUCCCAAUCUCGCAGCCCUGAAGGCAGAGCAGGCGGCCGCAGCGAAUGCUAGCUCGAGCACCUCGGAUCAGGGUGGGCAAUCGCUUCCCCCGCAGGAGGAAACGACUCCAAGAGGACUGAACAACUGGCGCGAGGCCACAGCCAGGGCUCACACUUCCGCCCAGCUCGCGAUGGCCCUUUACAUGCUCGAGGCCAGCAUCGCCUGGGACAAGAGCAUCAUGAAGGCUGUGAGUCUAACACCAGCUAGAAACUCAGUCUGCGUCAAGCUACGAAACCGCUGCGUCUCACUCAAAGCUACCACUCAGUACAAUCAGCUAUUGACUACUACUCAGGCCUCUAACUGCCAGUUUUGUCAUAGCGGAGACAACGAAGACAAAUUGUUGCUGUGCGACGGCUGUGACCGCGGCUAUCAUACUUAUUGCUUCCGUCCAAAAAUGGAAAACAUUCCCGAUGGCGACUGGUAUUGUCACGAGUGCAUGAACAAGGCAACGGGUGAAAGAAAUUGCUUGGUGUGUGGCAAGAGGGUCGGCAAGAAUUUAGUUCUCUGCGAACUGUGCCCGAGGGCGUACCACACCGACUGCCAUAAUCCCGUCAUGCCAAAGAUGCCAAGGGGAAAGUGGUAUUGUUCGAACUGUCAUAGUAAGCAACCAAAGAAGAGAAACAGCAGUCGGAGAAGUCACGCGAAAGGCAGCGGCAGUGGCAGUGGCAACACUGGCGGCAAUGCUGCCAGCACAGCCAAUAGCAGCAGCGGAGGAGGCAGUGGAGGGGGAAGUGGCGGUGGUAGCGGUGGUGGGGGCGGAGGAGGCGGAGCCAGCGGAGGAGGGGGAGGCAGUGGUGGCGGAGGAGGUGGUGGGGGCAGUGGUGGAGUCACCAGAGACAGUGAAAGCUCCGAUCAUCCACCAACUAGUCCAACCCCGUCAAUGGCAUCGAAUGUGCACGUAGAGGAUGCCAGCUCCUCGGAACCUCCGACGCCGACGGCCUCACCGCGAAAGGAGACCAAUACCGGGGGCAGGAACCUGACGAAGAAACAGCAACGCGAACUGGCACCCUGCAAGCUCCUGCUGGAACAGCUCGAACAACAGGACGAGGCUUGGCCGUUUCUCUUGCCGGUCAAUACUAAGCAGUUUCCUACUUACAAGAAGAUCAUCAAGACUCCCAUGGAUCUCAGCACCAUCAAGAAGAAGCUCCAAGACACGGCGUACAAGUCGCGGGACGAGUUCUGCGCGGACGUGCGUCAGAUGUUCAUCAACUGCGAGGUCUUUAACGAGGACGACAGCCCGGUCGGCAAGGCCGGCCACGGGAUGCGCAGCUUCUUCGAGAUGCGCUGGACCGAGAUCACAGGGGCGCCGCCCCCGCCGUUGCCCCCGCACCCACACCCCCAGACGCACAGCUGAGGCUCAGCGAGGUCUCGCAGCAGUUGUGCCAGUUUCGCACACUUUUACUAUUAGCCGGGGCUUUAAGGCGCGACCGCGCGGCCAACGCGGUCCGCAUCCGAUAUAGCGCGGUCGGGUCGGUCGCGUUUUAGCGGCCGACCGGCGCGUCCGCGUCUUAAGCAGCAUUCUCACUUAAGGACACCCUUUGGCCGCCAGCGAUCCCUCGCCGCUCUUCCCUUUUCUCUCUUCCCCCUCUGGUACCUGCGCGACACGGAACAAGGACUAAUUUCGCAUACACUCGUCCUGGGCGUUGCUAGAAAAAAGAAGAAAAAGAAAAAAAGAAGAAGAAACAAUAGCGCUAACGUUUCCCUAAAAUACUUUGCAAUUCCGGUACCUCGUGCAGGGGCCUCCAGCGGUCGCUGUGCGGCAUUGACCUUGGAGCACUGCCGAUGCAACGUCCGCAGCGCCGCUGCGGAGUAACCGUAAAGUAAUCUGCAUAACGUAAAUUUCGGCAGUAAUUUCGUACCGAGCGUCGCAAAAUUGGAGGUCGCUGUUACUUGAAAUACAGUGAGAGCUACGUGGAACCCGCGGGCCACCGUCGCGCCAUCUUGCGGCGCUCCUUGGAGCUAACUUUUUUCUAACGACUUGUGGGCAGUCCCGCGAACGUUCGAUACUUUUCCGAGGUGUAUAAAGAAACUUGCGGCGUCCAUUGGCGAGCGACGAUUCGUUAUCGUGAGGUCUCUUUGUAUUCUCCGUGUCGCGCCGAUGCAUUGUUUGCAUAUCCCGGCGAGAUCAUUCUCAAGCGGCGAGUCCCGAAUCCGACCGGGCGCGAAAUCGAGGGCCCUUACGUUGUACAGAGUAUUCCGCGAGGAAGCGAGAGGGAGGGACAGAAAGAGAGAAAGAGAGACGGUCGUUGUACUUACGGAGAGGAAGAAGAAUCGAAAUAACUUCUGCCUAAAGCGAGUAGAGUCGUGAUUAUAUUCGCAGUUGUAUUAUAUACAUAUUAAUAGGCUUAAAAAGUGCCGGGACGCGAGUUGUCCCGGCAGAGGAAAUAUUUUGCAAAGUGAUGAGAUACGUCGCGCGUGA